GACGCUUUUGUCAAAUGUAUCUUACCAUGUGAGCACAUGUAAAAAAACGUAUAACUCAAGUUGGAACGGCAGUGUCUAAAUGUACUUGAGUCAGUCUGUGGAUUUCAAGGAAUGGAUAGGGAACGUGUUACCGCUUUAACUGUUUUGGUGACCAUUGCCGCCUUAGCAGUCGUCAGCGUGGACACAAAAACAAGCUGCAGAUUAUGCAAACCAGGGUACCACAUGGUGAGAAGAUGUAAGGAAGAUCAACCAAGCACAACAAGAUGUGCCAGGUGCCCAGCAAAUUCCUACACGGACAUUCCGAACUUGGAGAAGGGGUGUUAUCCCCAUCGCAAGUGUAACACCACCAAGGAAACUGUGGUGUUCCCUGGAAACUCAACACAUGAUGUUAUAUGUAGACUUUGUGAUGGAAACAACCAUCCUUGUCAGCAAAGUCAAGAGUGUCCACCAGGAGAAGGCGUUAAAAUAACAGGGGGAUGCGGGCUAUGUCUUUAUGGAACCUUCAAUAACGAGAGUUCUAGCACACUGCCAUGUCGGCCCUGGACAAGGUGUUAUGACCUAGGGCUUGUCACAAUUAAAGGAGGAACCUACACAGAGGAUGCUACUUGUGGAUAUAGAAUAUUAAAUGGUCAUGGAGGUUCCGACCUAAGCGUUGAUAAAGCUAUCCACACGUCUGAGGAAUCUAACAAGAUAGAGGAACGCAACUUGUUAAUCAUAAACACUUUUAUCACUGGGGUAAUGUUUCUUAUCAUACUUUGUUCCGUGGUUUUCGUCGCAUCACAAAAAGCGUGCAGGCAGAAAACAUAUGAGGAAGGAAACGAGGCCUUGCCAAUACAGUGUGAGGACACUCAUCCAAAGGAACUGGAGGCUGCGUGUAGCUUCAACAGUGCAUCACAUCUUCUUCCCGACCAAAGCACAAGUGACACACUCCCUUCCUCAUCAACAACACUAGCAACACAUGAUGAACAAGAAGCCAAUGAGUGGUCACCAAUGAUUGCACCAUCAUUGUAUGUUCAGCAAGCACUACCUGAAGACCAGGGUGCCUGCUAUGGGUUUCCAGUGGCUGAUGGGUUCCACACAUUGCCCAAGGCAACGACUUCUGCCAACACGGCUUCAGACAGACGACAUGACUUGCCAUUCAGGCCCAUGUCCUGCUCCACAGAUACCAUCCCUUCAACUUUAGCCUCCUCACAUGAAACUUCUGCAUCCAGCCUAGAGUACCAGCAGAAAGUUAACUCCGCUCUGUCUCUAUCUUAUGCAAAAGUUCUCUCAGCAAGUGCAACCGAGGAACUGAAAGCAAACCUUGGGCAGCAGUGGACCGAACUCGCACGUAGGCUAAAGCUAACGGAGCACCAGAUUAACCAGAUUUUAAAUGAGAACAGGUCAGAUUUGCAGGCUCAAAUUUACAGCAUGCUUCGCUGCUGGCAGGAUGGGAAGACAGGAGAAGAUACAAUCCCUGAGCUAUAUGGUGCUCUUAAAGAGUGCAAUCGUCUGGACAUUUUGCAAAAGCUACAGGCUUUGGAAAAAUAUGAUAAGCAAAUGACCUCUGUCUAAAGAAAUUAGAACAUUGAUAGAAGGAAAACAAAACAGUGGGGUUAUGUGGCGCAACGACAGAGUGCGUGACUCGGAACCUAGAGGUCCCGGGUUCGAGUCCUGACAUGCCACCGAUCUUGUGCCCUUGGGGGAGGCACUUUACACG